GGUUUUCCGUAAACUUUCACAAGAUUAGAUGCAAUAUUUCCUUCAUAGUCAAAACAUUGCUUCGCCGGACUCCUCGCCUUCGGAUAGUCCACCAUUUUAUAUUGCUGUAAAGGAUUACAUAUCUGCUUUUUAUAUAGGCCUAUUGGGUUUUUCUUUACGAAGGGACAGGCCAACUAUCCACUAUGAUGGAAAUUGAGAUGCAUAAAAUGCAUCCUAGUCAACAGGAAGUGGACCUAAUCGACAUCCUGUGGAGGCAGGACAUCGACCUCGGUGCGAGGCGAGAGGUGUUUGACUACUGCCACCGUCAGAAGGAGCAUGAGCUGCAGCGGCAGCGGGAGCAGGAGGAGGAGAAGAGGCAGCAGCUGCUGAGGGAGCAGGAGAAGGCCUUGCUGGCUCAGCUGCAGCUGGAUGAGGAGACGGGGGAGUUCGUGCCCCGCCUUGCACCCAGCGGCCAGUCACCACAGUCUGCCACCACCGCCGCGCCCUCUCAAGUCACACAGAAUGUCAGCUUCUCAGAAGAUGGGGAUGCCAUGUCAUUUGAUGAAUGUAUGCAGCUGCUGGCAGAGACCUUCCCACUGGUAGAGGCAGAGACAACCUCUGCCUGUCUGGACGCCACCGUAGCUCCAGCCCCUAACAGCAGCCAUGUCAUGAUGGCAUGUGAGCUGCCAGCUUUGACCCAGCCACCCCUAUUCCCAGCCCCACUGCCCCCACAGAGGACCUCCCCAGAUUUGGAGCAGGCCUGGAUGGAGCUUUUGUCCCUUCCUGAGCUGCAGCAAUGCCUGAAUAUGCAAAUGAAGGACACACUGGAGCAGACAGGAGGAUAUCUGCCCACUAACACCACCCAUGAGGUGCAGAAUCCAAACUACAGCUUCUACCCAUUGCCCAACCUGGUAGAGAUGGCGUCAAACACAGCAGAGGUCUGCCCACCUGAAUUCAUCAAUGCCUUUGAGGAGAGCUUACCCAACAUGGCUCCUCUUGACCACCUCAAUCAGAUGACCCUAAAGGCUCCGGACCUAAAUACUAACUUCAGUGCAGAGACUUUCUGUGACGUAUUUUACCCAGACAUUGUCAACACAAAAGUGACCAGUGUCACCCUGCCUUGUGGCCAAGGAAAUGGCAGUAACUCAUUGGCAGAGAUGCCACACAAGCCUUCUUUUACACCAAUAGAAUUACAUGACCUUUCUCCUAGAGAUGCAUUUGACAGAGGCAACAAAACUGAGAUAAUGCCAGAAUUUCCAGAUUCUGAUUCAGGUGUGUCUGUGGAAGCAAGCCCACAUGCUAGCUCCCCUGAGAAAUCGAUGUAUGGGGACGGCUCCUUUGGUGGCUACAGCGAUUCAGACAUGGAGGAGAUGGACAGUAACCCUGAGAGUGCAGAGUCUGACUACUCCGAGAUGUUCUCACUGUCUUUCCAACCUGAUGGUUUCCAGCCUUCUCCCUCUGUGUCAGCUCAGCAGCAGGACAAAAAGCCCAAACAUGGCAAGACAGAGCCAGAUGAGGAGACUGGCCACAACGAUCCCCCCUUCAUCAAAGACAAGAAGAGGAGGCGCUCCGAGAAGCGUCUCUCCAGAGACGAGCAGCGUGCCAAGGCCCUCCAGAUCCCCUUCACCGUGGACAUGAUCAUCAACCUGCCUGUGGACAAUUUCAACGAGAUGAUGUCCAAGCACCAGCUCAACGAGGCCCAGCUGGCCCUGGUCAGAGACAUCCGUCGGCGGGGCAAGAACAAGGUGGCCGCCCAGAACUGCCGCAAACGCAAGAUGGAGAACAUCGUGGAGCUGGAGUAUGACCUGGACUCGUUGAAGGAGGAGAAGGAGCGACUGCAGAGAGAGAAGACCAAGAAUGACAGCAGCUUGCAGCAGAUGAAGCAGGAGCUUAACACCCUGUACCUGGAGGUGUUCAGUCUGGUGAGGGAUGAGGAGGGGAAGCCCUUCUCCCCUUCUGAGUACUCACUCCAGCAGACCACCGAUGGCACAGUCUUCCUCGUCCCCCGCAUUAAAAAGACGCCUAUCAAGAAAAAUUACAACUAGCACUUCUCUGAUUUACUACUUGGUACUGCAUUAGUAAUAACACUAUGCAAAUAAUAACUUUGUAGUUGCUUGGCUUUAAGCAUUAGUGAAAUAGCAGAACUAUUAUAUAGUCCUUGCCUACUCUUCUUGAAUGUCUUUAUAAUAUUUUUGAUAUUUUAGUUAUUUUGUACUGGUCUCUAUUUUCCUCUAAGGUUGUUUUACUGAUAUUGCUUGUAAAUACAUUUAUACAUUAUUUGCUAUUGAGAUAUGAAAAUGUGAAUUGUAUAUAUCAUGUUUUAGUAUGCUAAUUAUAUUGUUGCAAUCACUGUUACUUAUGUCUGUUUUAUAAACUUUACUCUUUGAUUUGCAGCUCCAUUUAUUUUGUAUCUUCUGACUCUCGUGGUUUAUUUAAGCAAUAAGGCCAGAGGGGGUGUGAUAUAUAGCACGAUGCAACGCGGAGUGCCUGGACACAGCCCUUAGUCGUGGUAUAUCGGUCAUAUUUCACAAACCCCCAAGGUGCCUUAUUGCUAUUAUAAACUGGUUACCAACAUAAUUAGAGCAGUAAAAAUAAAUGUUUUGUCAUACCCGUGGUAUACGUUCAGGGCUCCAACCACCCAGUUUAUAAAAUGAAAUAAACUAUUCAUUUAGGCAGUUGCUCUUGCUUACUCCUGACAUUGUGACAUACUGUAAUGAAGUUAUAUAUCAGCCUAAACACAAUCUAUAUUGAUUUAUAAAGCACUACAUGGCCUGGCAUUCGAAUACAUGUCUGAUAUGCUUUUAAUGUCAGAUUUUAAUGUCUGAUAUCUUUUUUUAAGGUAUGUGCCCGGUCAAUCCCUUAGAUCUUCUGGCACUCGUCUUUUAGUCGUUCCAAAUGUCAGAACCAAAACUUUUGGUGAGUCUGCUUUCAGGCACUAUGGUCCUGGCCUUUGGAAUAGCUUGCCAGAGGAUCUUAGGGCCUCAAAAACUGUUGACACAAGAUUUGUCUUAAGACAUCUUUAGCCGUGCUAUUUAACUAAGGUGCUUUUAGUUGUCUUACCCAUAUUAUCUACUUUUUAUCCCUUUUGAGAUUGUAUCCCCUUUUACCUGCAUUAAUCUCAAAUCCAAUGUUAUUUUACUCGUAAUUUCUCUUAAACAUUGUUUGAUCUUUCUCGCCUUUUAUUUAAGCACUUUGAAAUGAAUUUGUAAGAAUUUUGCUUUAUGAAUAAAGUUUGAUUUGAUAGUAUGCAACUAUGCAUGCCAGAUGCACAUAACGGCUUUGCUGACUGUGAUUACGUAACUAUGUGUUUUUCUAAACAGAACAAACCACAACUGUUUCCUUCAAGUUAAAAAAGGAGGUUGCAGUGAUCCAAAUGACAUUCACAAUGUAAUCAAAACAGCUAUUGGGUCGAUCUACUAGACCUUUUUGUUUUUUCAAUAGCCAUGCUUAUUGUCCACAAACAGAAAGCCCAUCAUGUACAUUAAACUUCGUUUUGAAUAUUUUAA